AUGAAGAUCAACAGCAUCCUGACUCGUGUGGAAUUCUGGGUCAAAAAUCAAGCUCUGACCAAAAUACGAGCUGGAGCAGAACAGCUACUUGCAAUAGUCGGCUUCCUGUGUGGGCAGCACAUGCUCAAAGCGAUUGCAAACCGUGCGGCUGGAUCUGCAGAGAAGGUUAUCAAUCAAUUAGCCCAACCAAUGGGAGUGAAGGAGAGGCGGGACUGUAUGGCCGCGCGGGAGCGGCUGGUCCUUCAACCAAUGGGAAUUAAUAAGCUACAGACAAUAUUAGAGGAAGGCAGCACGGUGUUUCAAUGUUUCGCCUUGCUACCUCAGACGGCCAGGGAACCGGCUUCGAUUCCUGACUUGGCUGACCGUAACAGCAACGUUCCGGCCGGUGUUUGCACGCAGGCGCAGCGUCAUUCUGACCGCCGUAAGCUGGUGAUUGCCGGUUUUGUCGGAGCUGAAUUGGAUGCAAUGAUUGACUGUGACCUCACCAGAUCUUUAUCAAGGUUCAGCAUCUUUUCCGGUCCCAAUGCACUGCCACCGAUGUUGGAAUUUGGGAUCUCGGGGUUUAUGCUCCCAUCCCAGAAUGCGAUUUUUGAAGUCCGGUGGUCCCUCUGGAUUACCACACCUAGAGCCUGGAUGAAGACUUGGGACUGUGUGGGUUUGUACGUUUGGGUUGAGUCGGCUGAUGCGCAAAGGGUUCAUGUACAGGAUGGCCUUCCGGAGGAAGUACUGGGUGCGGGUACAGUUACAGCAUUUAAAAGGCAGUUGGGAGUUUUGUCACCGUGCCUGGAGACAGCCUUUGAAGCAAUGUUAUUCUACUGUGCUGGGAAUUUAUGCUUUCCAGUCCAUUAUGUUCUUGCAAGAAAAAACCUGGCCAAAGAAACACUGACUGCAGUAUUAUGAGAAGAACAGAAGACACAUACACCAGACACCACCAACCUCAUCAGCAAGGACAACAUCAGCAAGCUAGUGGACCUAUGCCUCACCACCCACUUCACUUUCAAUA